AUGGCCAGAGGUGAAACAAGAGUCAUGAAGGUCUUUUUGGUUCUCACACUUGCUGUUUUCACUGUAGGCUGCCAUGCCAACAUUAUGUGGCAGGACCAGCCACUGCCCAAUAUGGACAUGGUGAAAGAUGCAUUCUGGGACUAUGUUGCCAAGGCAACAUUCACUGCUGAGGAUGCUUUACAGAAGAUCAAACAGUCUGAACUGGGCCAGGAAUUCAAUGCCAGGAUUGCUGAAAGUACUGGUGCCAUUGACCAGUACACUGUAGCUGUUCGUAGUCAGGUGACCCCUUUGACUCAGGAACUGCUGGCCAAGCUAUCCCAGGAGGCCGAGCAACUGAAAGCCCAUGUGGAGAAUGACCUGAGUGCCAUGAAAAGCCAAUUGGAGCCCUACGCCGAGGAGCUGAGGCUGGACCUCCAACAGCGGGUGGAGGGUCUGAAGAGGGAUGUGACCACCUACGCUGAGGCUCUGGACUCAGAGGCCCUGAAGGCCACGCUGCUGCAGAAGACUGAAGAGCUGAAGGUAAGCCUGGAGAAGAGCCUGACUGACCUGCAGUCCCAGCUGGGCCCCCACACAGAUCAGCUGAAACAGAGAGUGGACCAGCAUCUGCAGGACUUCCAGAAGAACAUCGCUCCCCUGGCCCACAGCUUCCAACUGCAGCUGGCUCAGAAACGCCAGGAGGUCCAGCAGAAUCUGGCUCCCUACGCAGAGGAGCUGAAGGGAAAACUGGAUCCCUUAGCUCAGGACCUGAAGACCCAGCUCACCACAUUGUGGGAUUCCUUCACCAAGAACCGCCAGUAAGAACAGUGUCGCAGAUCUGACCAUUGCCAGCGGAUGUUAAAUGUAUUCUAACCUAAGAGACUCACUGGCUCAACAUCAGCUGAACAUUAAAGACGAUCCCUAUCAGACCUCUGCCAACCAGAUGUUACUCUUGAUGAUCACUUCUUUGAGAUUGUUAUAUUUGAGAUGACAGUGACAGUGAAGAUGAUCGUAAUAGUUUCAAAAUAUAUUUAAACGGUAUGUGCGCCACAAGUAUUUUCACAGUUUGUACACUUUGCUUUUAUCUGGAUCCCCUGACCCUCCUCUAUCACGUCGUGGAACCUGAAGUCCCAGCUCACCAUACUGUGGGAUUCCUUCACCAAGAACCAACAGUAAGAACAGUAACCAUUUUCUGAUCAUUCUGAUCAUCUGACCAACAGUGGAGGUUGUGUUUAUUCUAAGAGACUCGAUGGCUCAGAAAAAUGGAACAUGACCAACUUUACCUCCCUGCCUCCAUUGCUCUCUCACUUACGCUUGAAAACUGUUUCGAACUAAUCAACUUAUCUCACUGUGUAAGGCUUUGAAAUGCUGUGGUUUCGAUGAAACUGAAGAGGUUUCCUGUUGAGGUUGAUGAUAGUUUAUUGAAAUAUAUUGUAUGAGUAUCUGUGCCAUAAACAUCAGUUCACUAUUCAUCUAUGAUAAAUGGUACUGUAACAGAGAGUAUUUAUUUUUAGUGUUGUUAUAUUGACAAUGUAAAUUUCAUUAAAUAAAGUUCUCCUGUCCCCGGCAAUCUGACUGUGGUAAAAUUCAUUCAUUUCACGGUCAGAAGUAUUUUUUUCACAUCACAAAACCAUGGGUCAUCAUUUUACUAUAAUAUCUUUGAUAUCUUUGCUUGUCAGGAGUAGCAGUGAGUUAAGCCAGGGAUUGCUGAGAGGUUUAAGAUAUAAGAUGACUGGAUGCAGGGUUUGUUGAGAGUCUUUAAUGACGGCACUGGCAGAAGAUGAUAAAUAUACCAAUCUUUUUUUUAUUUUUUAUAUAUAUAUAUAUUUUAUUAGUGUUCAGAAUUUCACAUAAACAUAUUUUAAUUUUUCAGAUUCUAUGUAUAUGGCAAAUAGUAUACUUAUUUUCUUACUAUUCAAGUAUAAAAAUGAGGAGAAAGAGAAGUAAAAGAAAAACAAACAAACAAACAAACAUACAAAUGAACGAACAAAAACAAUACCAUAGUAACAAAACUAUAAAUAAAGCAGGGAGAAAUAAUUUUCAAUAGAGUAAAGAAAUCCAGUCAGGCCAUUUAUAGUUGCACCACUUUUGCCAGUGCUCAAGAAAUGUUUCCAUUCUUUGGUUAACAUGAGCUGUAAUCUGCUCCAUUCUGUAGAUUUCUGUUACAAUGUCUCUCCAUGAUGUAAUUGUAGGACACUCUGGUAAUAACCAUGGUAAUUCUGGUAAUAGUCUUUUCACUGGCCACCAGCAUUACAUGUAUCAAGUGACUGGAGUUGGAUCUGAAAACCUGGAGCGGAAUCCAGGGAACCUGGACUUGAGUUGGAGAUGAGAACCUGGACAGGGUUCCAGGGAACAUGGACUGGAGUUGGAGCUGAAAACCUGGAGUGGUAUCCAGGGAACCUGGACUGGAGUUGGAGUUGAAAACCUGGAGCGGAAUCCAGGAAACCUGGAGUUGGAGCUGAAAACCUGGAGCUUAUCUGUCAGUAGGCUAACCUGGACGGUCAUCUCUCUCAUCUCGUGGCGGACUGUGUUGAAUUGUUCCUCCUGUUGGUCAACCUCUUCGGAUUUGUUUGCCUGGUUUGAUUGAUCUCCCGGAUUUGACCCUGCUUGCCUGCCCAUUGGAUACUGGAUACCCUGCCUGCCCCU